GGUAACAUUGUGCAAUACAGGGCAGGAAUGAUGUUUGUUAUCGGGAUUUGUAAUUGACUUUCUGAAUGUAUAGUGUGGUCUUAUUCAGCUUCAGUAAAUACUUAACGGUAUCAUAAUCUUAUAAAACCGAACAUCGGUACAAACGUUGAGAAAAGCGUUCAUCAAUAUUAUAGAUAGAGGCCUUAUUAUAUAGCCAUGCCGAGCAGAAAAGGAGGCGGUCGUGAUGCUAAAAAGUUUGUUACUUCAGGUGUAACUGGAGUAGUAAAGCGGUAUAUUAGCACGGGUGGUUAUGGGUUUAUUACCGAGGAUGGUACAUAUCGGGAUGUAUUUUUUCAUAUCUCAGCCGUUUCAAAAGAAAGUCGACGACGAGGAGAUGAAAUACGAAUUGGAGAUGAGGUGUUAUAUGAUUUGUAUUUAGGUCCGAAAGGAUACAGAGCAGAGUCGGUUCGGAUUCUUAACCAAGAAGGCUUUGAGUCGGACUCGGAUGAUACUUUCAACCUUGAUGGAAGAGAUUCUGAAAAUGAUUUUGGAGACAGUGAAGGAUGGGCAUGGAGACGACGGCGUGACACUAAAGAAGGAAGCAGCAGGCAUGAGAGUUCGAGGCAACGAAAAUGGGGAGACUUCGAUUGUGAAAGUAGCGAUGACGACUUCAGUGUACCGAACAGAGGUCGCCCUUCGGCAUCACCUACUAGGUGGCCGAGAGAUCCACCCCCUCCACCCAGAAGAAAGGCGGACAGCAGCCCAGGAAUGAAACAUCAGGAAAGGAAAACAAAUGUCAAAGAUAAUACACACAAGUCUGGGUACUUUUGCGAGGACUGCAAUGAUCAUCAUCCCAAUACCAAUCAUGCUAAUAGUGAUGGUUUCAAGCGGGAGGAGACCGGUAAGCCGUCAGUGUAUACAAAAGCGAAAACCGACAGUAAACCUUUUAAAAAUUCUGGAACCUUCAAUGAUGGGACUCAAUUCGCCAGUCAGCAUUUCUCCCAACCGAGCAAAAAGUCAGAUCCACAACCAACAAAACCUACAUACAAACCCUUUCAAUUUGGAUUUGGGAUUGAUCCUCUUAAUACAGGAAUUGGUGUCGGCAAGAAUCCGUUUGGUACUGGAGUUCCUUUCCCGCGAAAAAGCGAGCCAUCUGAGGGGGCAAACAGGACAACUCAAACUUCUACUAACACCAAAAAGUCGGAUACUGAGAAAAAAGUUCCAAAUCCACAACCAUCUACAUAUCUUCCUAAGAAAGGUAUUCUGAAGAAUCCCUCAAACAGAGGCUCCUUCAUUUACAUGGGUAUCCCGCCGCGAUCCCCGCGAUUGAGCAGCCAGAAGCCUCAGGAACAGAACGCCGACAGAAAAUCUGACAUCAAUGCAAACAAAUCAGAUCUUGAUAGACGAUCAACCCUGUAUAGUUUUUCGUACGUUGGCAAAACCAAAAGCUUCGAUAUUCCUAUGAAACACGCAGAUCCAUUCAGCGCUGGGACCAGAGGGCCAAAUCAUCAGAAGCCUAACAGAAGUACUCCUGAGAAUGCCAAACCUGCCAGGAAUUCAGAACAAAAUAUGAAAGGAAGUGGAACCAAUGCAGAUGACGCAAAGACAACGGGUAGAUCUGCAACAGAAGAGCAACCCACCCAGACCAAGCCCCAAAUGAAAGGAACCACUGCGUCCAAGGAAAACCUAACAGACUCUAAUAAGACACCUGAAAAGGAAACCAAGAAGCAAGCAUCAACCACCGUUUCAAGUUUAAGCAGAGAAGCAGGAAACUUUUUCUUCAGGUCAGCUCGAGAUCAAAGGAGUGACUUGGUCAAAUCUAUAAGUUUAAAGAGUGCGCUUGGUUGUUACAAGAAAGCCUGCAACUGGUCGUAUCAAGACGAGGACUUUGUGUCAGCGGCGAAAAACGCGGCAACCACUUGUUGGAGGUUGGCUAAGCUCCACAUGGCGUCAAAAAGUGCUUCUGAUCAAAAGGAAACUGGCAAAUACUUCAAAGAUGCUCUACAGUACUUCAGCAAAGCUUAUCACAAAAGAAUCUGCAGAGGACAGGAUUGGGCCAAGCAUUUGGAGAAGUCCAUUCAGAGCUGUCUCGAUGACAUAAAAACUUGGAUUGCACCUAAAGAUGACGAUGAUCAGAUAGCAACUUUGAAGGAAUAUCUGGGAUACCUACCUACAUGUGGCGCCAAAAUCAACGGGUAUCUCCACAUUGCAUAUAUCCAUAUGAAAAGGGGCAAGGAAGCUUUGCAGUUCGACGAGUAUGAAAACUGCCAAGGGUAUCUGAAAGACUGUUGUGUUCCUCUUGGAGAAGCAGAGAAUAUGUUAUAUGAUGAUGUAGAACCAACCAUUCGUCUGAGUGUCAAUGCGUUGAAGAAGAACGUUGACUACCACGAGAGCCUUGUCAGAAAGGCUUUAGCAAGAGUAAAAGAAGCACAAGUGCGUCAGCAACGGGAAAAGGCGGAUGAAGAGGCGAAGAAGAUGGCAAUGGGCCAACUGAAGUCUGACAUACGAAUGCUGGAUCUUUUCUCAAAGCUCUCCAUUGAAGAAUUUGUUAAGCAGGUUUAUCGCAUGUGGCCGCCAAAGGGUACCAAAUCUCCUGACGUAUCUUCGACAUCGUCGUCGUCAUCAUCAUCAAAGAAGAAGUUAUUGAUUCGAGCAAUCAGUCAGUACCACCCAGACAAGGUGGAUAAGGAGAUACAUGGUAUCAAGUGGCAGUUACUAUCGUGUGAAAUCACUAAAUGCCUCAGCAUGAAACUAGCCAUUAUCAAAUAAUAGAACACUUUUUUCAUGAAAUCAUUUAGGGAAUUACCUCAGUAUAUAUGCCUAUAUACUUGAUUUCAUUGUUCCCCCCCCCACAACUCACAUUAAUUUCUUAUACCAUUGUUCUUUUAUAUCUUUUAAAUAAUAUUUCAACCGUUUUAUGUUGAUUAGUACACAUUAUGGAACAGAAUUUGAUAUGAUUUUGCAUUUAAAAAUUCAGUUCGAAAAUGUCAAAAAUUUGAAUUGAAACUCAAAACGACUAUCAUUGAAUUUUUCUGUAUGGAUUAUAUACAAUGGAUGUUGAAUAAUUCGUAUGCAAAAAAAUUCAAAACUGUAAAGCUUUAUGAUGUUAAGUUCCAAUGUUGGGUCAAUUUCAUAAAAUUUGUUAAAAUUUA